AUGUCCAGUGUCAUGUCUCCAAGUCCACCAUCAUGUCUCCAUGUCCAGUGUCAUGUCUCCAUGUCCAGUGUCAUGUCUCCAUGUCCAGUGUCAUGUCUCCAAGUCCAGUGUCAUGUCUCCAAGUCCACCAUCAUGUCUCCAUGUCCAGUGUCAUGUCUCCAUGUCCAGUGUCAUGUCUCCAAGUCCACCAUCAUGUCUCCAUGUCCAGUGUCAUGUCUCCAUGUCCAGUGUCAUGUCUCCAUGUCCACCAUCAUGUCUCCAUGUCCAGUGUCAUGUCUCCAAGUCCACCAUCAUGUCUCCAUGUCCAGUGUCAUGUCUCCAUGUCCAGUGUCAUGUCUCCAUGUCCAGUGUCAUGUCUCCAUGUCCACCAUCAUGUCUCCAAGUCCACCAUCAUGUCUCCAUGUCCAGUGUCAUGUCUCCAUGUCCACCAUCAUGUCUCCAAGUCCACCAUCAUGUCUCCAUGUCCACCAUCAUGUCUCCAAGUCCACCAUCAUGUCUCUAUGUCCACCAUCAUGUCUCCAAGUCCACCAUCAUGUCUCCAAGUCCACCAUCAUGUCUCUAUGUCCACCAUCAUGUCUCCAAGUCCACCAUCAUGUCUCUAUGUCCACCAUCAUGUCUCCAUGUCCACCAUCAUGUCUCUAUGUCCAGCAUCAUGUCUCCAUGUCCACCAUCAUGUCUCCAUGUCCAGUGUCAUGUCUCCAUGUCCAGUGUCAUGUCCCCAUGUCCACCAUCAUGUCUCCAUGUCCAGUGUCAUGUCUCCAUGUCCAGUGUCAUGUCCCCAUGUCCACCAUCAUGUCCCCAUGUCCACCGUCGUGUCCCCAUGUCCACCGUCGUGUCCCCAUGUCCACCGUCGUGUCCCCAUGUCCACCGUCAUGUCCCCAUGUCCACCAUCAUGUCCCCAUGUCCACCAUCAUGUCUCCAUGUCCAGUGUCAUGUCUCCAUGUCCAGUGUCAUGUCUCCAUGUCCUCCAUCAUGUCCCCAUGUCCACCAUCAUGUCUCCAAGUCCACCAUCAUGUCUCCAUGUCCACCAUCAUGUCUCCAUGUCCACCAUCAUGUCUCCAUGUCCACCAUCAUGUCUCCAUGUUCAGUGUCAUGUCCCCAUGUCCACCAUCAUGUCCCCAUGUCCAGUGUCAUGUCCCCAUGUCCAGUGUCAUGUCCCCAUGUCCACCAUCAUGUCCCCAUGUCCAGUGUCAUGUCCCCAUGUCCACCAUCAUGUCCCCAUGUCCAGUGUCAUGUCCCCAUGUCCACCAUCAUGUCCCCAUGUCCAGUGUCAUGUCCCCAUGUCCACCAUCAUGUCCCCAUGUCCAGUGUCAUGUCCCCAUGUCCACCAUCAUGUCCCCAUGUCCAGUGUCAUGUCCCCAUGUCCAGUGUCAUGUCCCCAUGUCCUCCAUCAUGUCCCCAUGUCCACCAUCAUGUCCCCAUGUCCACUAUCAUGUCCCCAUGUCCACCAUCAUGUCCCCAUGUCCACCGUCGUGUCCCCAUGUCCACCGUCGUGUCCCCAUGUCCACCGUCGUGUCCCCAUGUCCACCGUCGUGUCCCCAUGUCCACCGUCGUGUCCCCAUGUCCACCGUCAUGUCCCCAUGUCCACCAUCAUGUCCCCAUGUCCACCGUCGUGUCCCCAUGUCCACCAUCAUGUCCCCAUGUCCACCGUCAUGUCCCCAUGUCCACCAUCAUGUCCCCAUGGCCACCGUCAUGUCCCCAUGUCCACCAUCAUGUCCCCAUGUCCACCGUCGUGUCCCCAUGUCCACCAUCAUGUCCCCAUGUGCACCGUCGUGUCCCCAUGUCCAGUGUCAUGACCCCGUGUCCACCAUCAUGUCCCCAUGUCCACCAUCAUGUCCAGUGUCAUGA